AUGGGGCAAAUUUUCUGUUGUGUUAAAGUGGACCAAUCAACUCUGGCCAUUAGAGAAAGUUUUGGAAAGUUUGACGCUGUGCUUGAGCCUGGUUGUCACUGUAUGCCUUGGAUUUGUGGCAAGCGGAUAGCUGGCCACCUCACUUUGCGUGUACAGCAGCUUGAUGUUCAAUGUGAAACGAUGACAAAGGAUAAUGUCUUUGUUACUGUUGUUGCAUCUAUUCAAUACCGCCUUAUAGCAAAAAAGGCUACAAAUGCUUUCUACCAACUCAGCAACAUCGAAAGACUAAUCGAAUCCUAUGUUUUUGAUGUUAUUAGGGCAUUUGUUCCAACGAUGGAGCUGCAUUCUCUUUUUGAACAAAAGUAUGAAAUAGCGGAAGCCUUGACAGUGGCACUAGACAAGGCCAUGUUAGCAUAUGGGUUUGAGACAGUUCAGACCCUUAUUGUGGAUAUUGAACGAGAUACACUGAUGAGAGUCAAAGCACAAAAGAAAUUGGAGAUCAUGCGUGCAAAGAAAGAUGCAAAUGAGAAAGCCCAAGCACAGAAGAAAUUGGAGUUGGAGAUCUUGCGUGAUUCAAAUCAGAAAGCUAUGAAGAUCAUCCAAAAGCAUAAUUAUAAUGUUUUUUAUAAAUAA